CUGCAAGGACGUUGAUAAUCCAAAACCUCAGUUCAUUUGGCUGCCUGGGAGGCUCUGAAGCUCAAUUUGCAACCGCAGAAGAGUCGACCGUGAGCUAGCUAGGCUUUUCCACGAUGAGUGAUGGAAACGUUAUGGAUCAACAAGGAUUCUUUCCUGUUCCAUCAUCUCCUCAAACGGAAGAUUACUGGGACGCAGCUACAUCAUUAGAGGAGUUGACCCCAAUCGAUGAUGCUGAAAAUGAGGCUAAUGAGAGGACAAGAAGAUUUCAUUUUCUUGACACUUCCGUCCGUCUCUAUAAAGCCGCCCUAAAAGGUGAUUGGCCAGCUGCUAAGGAUGUACUUGAUACAUAUCCAGAUGCCGUUACAUAUUCCAUAACAAGACGUAAGGAUAAAGUUCUUCACAUCGCAGCUGCAACAGAGCACACAGGCUUUGUAAAAGAACUGGUAGAACGGAUGAAUCCGAACGAAUUAGCACUGAAAAACUUACAUGAAAAUACGGCCAUUUGCUUCGCUGCUGCAUCAGGAAUCGUGUCAAUUGCUGAGGAGAUGGUAAAGAAGAACAUAGAAUUGCCAAUGAUCCGUGGCAGGAAAAGAAUGACGCCGCUUUACAUGGCAGUUUUGCAAGGACAUAGAAACAUGGUGGCUUAUCUAUACUCUGUCACUGCUUUUGAACGUUUGACUCCUCUUGAACGCAUUGAUAUCCUGGUUGCUUGUAUUUCCAGCGAUUUAUAUGAAAUAGCAUUGAAAAUUCUGAAAGAUUAUCCAGAAUUAUCAACUAUGAAGGAUACAUAUGGGAAGAUAGCAUUGCAAGAGUUAGCUAAAAAGCCUUAUGCAAUCGGCAGCAAAAGUCAGCUAUCCGUCUGGGAAAUAUGGUUAAAGUACUCCUGGUUCAGAGGGAUCUAUGACGAAGCUUUGUUGGGUACAAUAGCACGUCGAUUAGUUGAUCUUCUCUGGAAAAAUGUUCUACUAUUGCCAGAGAAAGAGUUCAUAAAGCUGGUUCGCGGCCAUUCCUCUUUCCUUUUUGAUGCUGCUAGAUCAGGGAAUGUUGAAUUUCUUAUUGUGCUUAUACGUUCUUAUCCAGAUCUCAUAUGGAGAGUAGAUGAGAAAAACCGCAGUAUAUUUCACCUCGCUAUUAAAUAUAGGCAAGAGAGUGUAUUCAAUCUAAUAUAUGAGUUAGGCUCUAUCAAGGGUAUCAUAGCACUCUAUACUGACCAAGACAAUAACAAUAUGCUGCACUUGGCUGCUGAAAUAGCUCCUCCAGACCGACUAAAUACCAUAUCAGGAGCAGCACUCCAAGUGCAACGAGAGUUGUUGUGGUUUAAGGAGAUAGAAAAGAUUGUUCAGCAUUCAUACACGGAGAUGAUGAAUUUAGAUGAAAACAAGAAACCUGCAGAUACUCCCUGGGAAUUAUUUACACAGACACAUCAAAAUUUACAAAAAGAAGGUGAAAAAUGGAUGAAGGACACAGCAAACUAUAGCAUGCUUGUGGCGACAUUGAUUGCCACUGUAGUUUUCACUGCAGCCUUCACUGUACCGGGUGGCAACAAUCAAGACCUAGGCACUCCCAUUUUCUUGAGAAAUAAAUGGUUUAUGGCAUUCUUCAUAUCAGAUGCAAUUACAUUGCUCUCUUCCUCGACUGCGAUAUUGAUAUUCUUGUCAAUUCUCACGUCACGUUAUGCAGAAGAGGAUUUCCUUCAGUCAUUACCUGCAAGGUUGUUGUUUGGACUGACAGCACUUUUCAUCUCUAUAGCAGGCAUGGUGGUAACGUUCAGCGCAACCUGCUUUCUGGUAUAUGAUAGUGAAAUCGCAAGUAUUCCGAUUGUUAUAAUAAGUUUGGCUGGUAUCCCAGUUACUUUGUUUUUUAUUUUACAUUUUAGACUUUGGGCUGAUAUAUUCCGCUCAAUGUAUGGGUCUAGGUUUCUUUUCCGACCACAUGAACGUAGACUUUUCUAGGAAGAAUUCAAUUAGGCAAUUGACUUGCAGAAAAUCCAAAAUGCAAGACAAAAGAAAAGGGAGGGGGAUUGUUAAAGAUAGUCAAGUGAUUUUGCACUAGGAUGGACGAAAAUAGAAUUAUUUCCAUCAAGACUUCAAUUUGACCUUCAUAAUUGAC